AUGAGUCUGCAAGCUGGCUCCCGCGCCUCCCACCCCUCGCCCAGCCCCGUGCUGCUGCUCUUGGGGCUGCUGCUCCUGCAGGCUGUGGUGGCCCAAGUCAUCGCAGAACCUCAAGAAGGAGGUGGGGACCUGCAAUGCCUGUGUGUGAAGACCAGCACCGGAGUCCAUCCCAAGCACAUUGCCAGCAUGGAGUUGAUCCGGGCUGGACUCCACUGCCCCAACACCCAAAUGAUAGUCACACUGAAGAAUGGAAAGAAAAUUUGCCUGGACCCAAAUACCUCCGUGUAUAAGAAAAUCAUCAAGAAUUUUAUGAAAAGUAAACCACCAACUGACUAA